CUUACCCCUCCCGGCUCUGCGGCGUUCUUCGAGAGUCUCUUGAUGGAAAUCGCACUCCAUGGACGGCGAAGACCUCGCGUCCGCCGGCGGUCCGUCGGAGCAUAUCGCGACCGGCAUCGAUGCGGCAGCUCCCUGGGCGGAGGAGUUCGGGCACUGCCGGGAAGGAUGCGAGGCCCUGGCGAGGGCGAUCUCCACGACGUUGGGGAGUGUGAUGAGGGAAUUCGAUGCCAGAGCGGAGGGCGCGGCUCGAAGUCAGGACCAUCUCCUUCUCUCCUUCGAUCGUCUCACUGGCGAACUAGAUAAGCUAGUAGAAGAUGCACCCAUGCCAUUCAUUAUGCAACAUGCAGUCAAGAUAUCCUCUAUCCGUAAGAGAGUUUCAUCAUUGAACUUGCUCUUGAAGUCAAUACAGAGGCGCAUUGAUAACAUAGAUCGAAUGCUUUCUACAGGCAUACCAAAUGAUAACGUCUCUCCUGAUAUAGUGGAAACAUCAGCACUGACUUUGUAAUUCUGGUAUUCUCGUUGUUAGUAGUCAUUACUUAAUCAUAGCUUUCUGAUUAGGUUUUUGGAUGACUGAGUGUUAAACAUGCACCUUCAAAAUUACAUAUGCUAGACUACUAGUGAGACACUGUAAUAUGCCGGAUUAUACUUUUACAUAUGCUGCACCAGCCUUCACUGAGUAUGCUCAUAUCUUGAUAAAAUAAGCACUGAAGGUGCAGUUUAAUAUCAUUACAAUAUUUGUUUCAUGAAUCGAAUAUUACCAGUAUAUGCUGACAGGAAUCAUAUACUUCUUUUUUUCCCUCUUCAUAAGAA